AUGGCUUAUGAAACAUGUAUAAAUACCAUCGAUCGCCAUCGAAUCGGUGCAACUUGUUUUGCUCGCAUUCGCAAUGGCUCAAUGGUAACCACUCGAAAUCUUGCCCAAUUCAGCAACAUGAUCAAUCACAAAGGUUUUAGUUCAUUUGACUACAACGGUUAUGGUUGCUGGUGUGGUUCUGGCACCUUCGGUUCACAAACACUCGACGCUACGGACGAGUGUUGUCGGAUACACGAUGAAUGUUACGAUAGAAUCGCUGGAGGAUUCUUCGGCUGUUGGCCUAAACUAGUCACCUAUGCCUGGCAAGGUUUAUCAAAUCAGGGUAUUGCUUGUUCUGAUAAGUCCGGUUCGUGUGAUCGUAAUACUUGCGAAUGUGACAAAGCAGCUGCUGAUUGUUUUGCAAGACAUCGCACGACAUAUAACGGCGAACUGGGUCGUAUUAACAAAGCAACUAAGCGUGAUAUUUGCAAUGCAUAA